ACUUUAUGUACAACAAACACACAAUAUACAAACUCAGAAUCGAAUGAUCAUACUUAGUGGUAAGCUCUCGCUUAACGCUCUAUAGUUGCAAUGCUUCCGCAGAGAUGCGUCGUUCUUGCCCCAAAUUCAAUUUAAUGGCAGAUCAGUCCUCAUCGGAUGCGCAAGAAUUGACUGACAAUCUUGAUGAUAAGGAUGUGACCUUCAAUUGUAAUGUAGAGGGCGGGAAACAGGAUGUGUUCGAUGAUGAUCCAGAGCUGAACACUAAAUCAGUUAGAUCUAAUAAUGCCUCGGAUGAUAGUGAUGCGAGCAUGUAUAACAGAUGUUGGGAGAGGGCUCAACAUUAUGUUCAUGAGUUUAUAAAGAAACAGGAUGACAAUCUGAGUGAAGAUACAAAUUCCAAAGCUUCAUCAUGCCGAGAAAACAUAGAAGUAUCUAAGAAAGAACAGUUGAAGAAAAGCUUUCAGAAAAUGAAUUGCACCAGAUGCUCACAUGAAACUGAUACCGGAAAUCACUCAGAUACUGAGCUUAGUCAAUUGUCCCCAUCAUCGAGCGAAGAGUCAAAAACGUAUAGUCAAGUCUAUAGCGAAAUUUUGGAAGAGUCCAAGGCAAGACAGAAGAAGGCUGAGAAGAUCUGUCGAGUUUAUAAUCAUAACAAUGAGAGAACUAUGAGGUGGGUGAAGAAAAUUGGGCAAUACGAUGAUGAUGAUUCCACUACGGAUGCCUCCGAACGUAGUGACAAAGAUGCAGAAGACAACUGUGCGCAAUCAGAGCAUGAUAUCGAUUACGAAAGUUUAAUUAAAGAGCAAUUGGAUGUUAUAGCUCAAUAUCAAAGCGACCCACUUGCCACUUUCCGAAACUGCAUGAAGGAAUACAUAAGUGACAUUGAUGAAGCUCGAAUUUUUGAGAAGAAUACUCUUAUGAAUACCAAACAGUUGGAUUCACCAAAGUUAAGUGCUCGAUCUAAGCAUUGCACUCAACAGCUCGUUUCUGAAAAUGAAACUUCAAAGUUAAAGGUUGCUAAAAUUAUUGGCGAAAAUGAGACUGAAAUACUACAAUUCGAGCACUGUGAAAUUUAUCACGUAAAGAAAUCUAAUAGAAAUAAAGAUAUGAGUAAUUGGCAUGAAAAUAAGAGCGAUACUUUUCUUUCUUUUCCAACUAAAGAAGUUUCUCCAAAAUCGAAAAGUCCCAAAGAAAUAGUUGAGCCAUCUUCUAACUACAUUGAUCAUAGUGCAGAAUUUAAGGAUCAGUCUGAAAUGCGAAAUGACAAAAAAUCUGAAUACCAACAUUUGGAAGCAAACAGUUCAGAAAUGUCUUUAAAAUACAAUGAUGAUUGUUAUAAGCAAGUCUCAGAACGUAGCGAAUCAUCCGAUGAGUCGGAAACAAGCUUAAGAUCUUUCUUAUUGAAAGAUGAACAAGAAUCGCACAGAACUCGUGGACCCAAAAAGUCCGACGGAACUUCCAAUAACAGUCGAAAAUCACAGCAUUUACCCACGACAUCAAGCCGCAACAGCGAAGCUCACAGUUCCUAUGAUAAUAGUUCAGAUAGCACCAAAAAUUACUGUGUGAGCAGUAAGAGUUCGACUUCUUACUGUUCUGAGAUCAACAGCAAUCGAUCUCACAAAAGAAUAUCCAAGGAUAUUGCGUCCAAGUCAUAUGAAAAUCGCGCUUGUAGUCCCAUUAAGGUAAAAUUGACACCUCGGCGAGCUAAUCAAAUGAUUUGCAAACAGAUCGAGGCUAUAGACGAUUAUGGUGAUGAUGCCGAUUAUAUUGAGUAUCCAAGCGAGGUGAAGCUGCAGCAUUCGCAAGCUAGUAUAACAAGCGAAGACAAAGGUAUCCAAUAUCCCAGCGAGGAUGAAGAGGAUCCUCUAAGAUAUAAAACAAAGAGAAUAGAUGAUUUGAAGGGUGAUGCUAUCGUCUAUGACAACAAGGAUGAAUUGCUGGAUAUUAGUCCAAGCGACACCGAGACGCAAAUGCAAGCAAAACUACAGUCUCCUGUCUCAAGUGACGGCAAGAAAGAAAAUAGCUCUCGGAAUAGUAGCUACAACUCGAUCCGGAGUGCGGAUAUAAGCAGCAUUUGUAGUAUUUCCAGCUAUGAGCCAAGCGAACGAUUCUUUCGCCGCACUAAAGCCGAAGAUGAUGACGACAACUGCAUUACAGAUGACGAUGAUUCGGAGCCAAUGAGCUACAAGAAGCAUGUGGCACGAUUGGCAGAGCGAGCCCUGCGUGCUUGCACCAACUACUACAGCGAGUGCAUCAAAUUGAAACCAGAUCUCGACCGGGAGCUCAAUAAAAAGGUGGAAAUGAUAUAUAACUCGGAAAUGCGCUUCAAUUCGUCGAAAAGGUAAUGUUGAGGAUUAGCAAACUUAUUGUAAAAGAUUCUACACAAAGAGAUACAGAUAUUAUUAUUAUAUGUAUAUAUAUUUUUUAAUUGUAAUAUUGCAUAAAAUUUAAAUUAUUUUAAUUCUG